GUUAGUGUUUACUUGGUUUAGUUGGUGUUCAGAGGUCAGUAGUUGUGUAGUUCACUCAGUUUAGCCAUCAUUGACGUCGCCGGUUCACUGAUAAUGGCUUUGAUCGCGUUCGUGUACUGUAUUUGUAUCACCGUAAUAUGUAACAGUCAUAACUCGUAUGCAGCCGUGGGUGCAAAAGUCUACACGGAAAAAGACAGUCAAUUCUGGAUCGAGAAUGGCAAGGAUAUGGUGACCGAAAAAGUCAAGUACUUGAACAAAAGAAAUGUCGCCAAAAACAUAAUCAUGUUUUUGGGUGAUGGCAUGUCGGUGACUACUUUGACGGCAUCGCGUAUUUACAAAGGUCAAAUGGAAAAACGGUCCGGGGAGAAUGAGUACUUGAGUUUUGAGAAAUUCCCGUUUGUUGGCAUGGCAAAGACGUAUUGCGUGGACGCACAGGUGCCCGACUCGGCGUGCACGGCUACCGCGUACCUGACGGGCGUGAAGAACAACUACGAGAUGCUCGGGCUGACGGCAGCGGUGCGAUUGAACGACUGUCCCGGGUCGUUGAAGCCCGAGAACCGGGUCAGCUCCAUAGCCGACUGGUCGAUGGCUGAGGGCAAAGCCGUUGGGCUGGUCAGCACGGCCCGGGUGACGCACGCAUCGCCGGCCGGGCUAUACGCGCACUCGGCCAACCGGGGAUGGGAGACGGACACUGGCAUGGCCCAUUAUUCCAACGUGACGGACACCGGCCGAUGUGAGGACAUCGCCAAGCAGUUGGUCACCAGGAGUCCCGGCAAGGACUUUAAGGUGAUACUUGGUGGAGGUCGCCAAAUGUUCUUCACCAAUGAUACAAAUAAAAAAGGAUUUAGAAUGGAUAUGGAUCUUGUGAAUUUAUGGAAGGAAGAUAAGACAAAACGUUUUGGAAAUGGUAAAACAGCAUACGUUGAAAACAGAGACCAAUUAUUAAACGUUGACCCUUCUAAGACCGAUUAUUUAUUGGGUCUAUUUGAGGACAAACAUAUGAAGUUUCGACUUACUGCGGACGCCACGGUACAGCCCACGUUGGAGGAGAUGACGAAAAAAGCCAUCGAAAUUCUGAGUAAGGAGAGGAACGGAUUUUUUUUGUUCGUCGAGGGUGGACUCAUUGACGUUGGCCAUCACUUAACGACGGCCAGAACAGCGGUUGACGAAACGGUAGAGUUGUCCAAAGCCGUCCAAAAGGCGGUGGACAUGACCAACGAAGAUGAUACGCUGAUUGUCGUUACUUCCGACCACUCGCACACCAUGACGAUGUCCGGAUAUCCGUCCAGGGGCAACAACAUUUUGGGACUGGUUGGAUCUCCUGGAGUUGACGGUUUGCCGAUCGCUACCCUUAGCUACGCCAAUGGCCCGGGCAUACCGAAAUCCGAAUUUCCUGGAUGCGCCCGCCAGGAUUUGUCCAAAGUCGAUAUGAGCGAUCCGCUAUACAAGUAUCCGAAAAUGGUGGAGUCGGUGGACGAAACGCACGGCGGUGAAGACGUGAUGGUGUUCGCCAGAGGUCCUUGGGCCCACUUAUUCUCCGGCAACUACGAGCAGAACCUGAUACCGUUGACGAUGGGAUUCGCAGCGGGCGUAGGUCCGGCAGCCGGGAUGAACGGCGGUCCGGUUGCGUACGCUUACGCCCCAUCACGCGCCGCGGCCGUCCCGUCGUCCCUGUUCGCGAUCACCGGCGGCUUCUUACUGACAACGAUCGCAUUGCGACGCGUCUGCUCGUGAUCGAAAACGCUUUGCGCGCGUAAGAUUCGACUAAAUGCACAAUCGGAAACUUUCUGCUUUAUUGUUACGUAUUUGUAUUAUAUGAUGCGCCCUUGUAUGAUUUUUUUUUUUUUUUUUUUAAUGCAACACCAAAAACCAGUUAACAUUGUGAAAACAUGGUGGUUAUUAUUGCAAUAAAAUGAAAAAAAAAAGAAA